GAUUUGUAAGGGCAAAGACGAACAAAAAGCCAAUGGGACUGAAAGGCGAAGUGAAAUCAGCCCUUAAUGUUCAAAAUUACACUUUUUUUUUCCUCCUGGGCCAUUUUUACAGUAAGGGUUAAAGUUGCCUUCAGUGUCCAGCCUGAUCUUUGUCUCCUGCUUUCUGCGUGUGUGUGGGACAGAAAAUUCUCAACAAAAUGUCUAAUUUAAAGGAGAUAUGCAGUGGUCUACCCCUAGACCCUUUGCCACCUAACCGGGAACGAGAUCCAAGUGUGCCACACGCACCUAUUCGGACGCCCAACCUGACAGCUGAAGAGGAACGACUGGCUCUGAGAAAUGCCCUGCGUUAUUUCCCCCCCUCUCAUCAUGCAACGCUUGCACCUGAAUUUGCUCAAGAGCUGCGGCAGUACGGGCACAUAUACAUGUACCGCUUCUGUCCAACAUUACGGAUGAGAGCUUAUCCCAUAGAUCAGUAUCCCUGCCGCACACGUCAAGCAGCAUCUAUGAUGCUAAUGAUCAUGAACAACUUGGACCCAGCAGUUGCUCAGUUUCCCCAGGAGCUUGUCACCUAUGGAGGGAAUGGACAGGUGUUCAGUAACUGGGCCCAGUUCAGCCUUGUGAUGCAUUACCUGAGUGAGAUGACAGAGGAGCAAACUCUGGUCAUGUACAGCGGACACCCCAUGGGUUUGUUCCCGAGUCUGCCUUCAUCACCUCGCGCUAUCAUCACCAAUGGCAUGGUUAUUCCAAAUUAUUCCUCCAGAGAUCAAUAUGAGAAGAUGUUUGCUCUUGGUGUGACAAUGUAUGGUCAAAUGACUGCUGGCAGCUACUGCUACAUUGGGCCUCAGGGGAUAGUUCAUGGCACCAUGUUGACUGUGCUGAAUGCAGGUCGGAGAUACCUGGGCACUGAUGACUUGAGGGGGCAUGUCUUCGUGACCUCUGGCCUCGGUGGCAUGAGCGGUGCUCAGGCCAAAGCUGCUGUCAUUACUGGCUGUGUUGGCGUGAUUGCUGAGGUGGAUGAGGUGCCGCUGAGAAAGAGACACGAGCAGGGUUGGUUGAUGGAGGUCACCAGCAGCUUGGAGCAAUGCAUUAAACGCAUCAGAGAAGCCAAAAGCUCCAAAACUGCCCUCAGUCUUGGUUACCAUGGCAACAUCGUAGACCUGUGGGAGAGGCUCCUGCUGGAGUUUGAGAGAACAGGAGAGCUCCUGGUGGAUCUGGGUUCAGAUCAGACCUCACUGCACAACCCCUUUAAUGGUGGCUACUACCCAGUCCCACUCAGCUUCCGACAGGCCAACCAGCUCAUGUCAAAGGAUCCCAGUCGAUUCCGAAGCAUUGUCCAAGAUAGUCUUCGAAGACACAUAAAGGCUAUCAACAAGUUGUCCGAUGCAGGUAUGUUCUUCUGGGACUAUGGCAAUGCUUUCCUUCUGGAGGCCCAAAGAGCUGGUGCAGAUGUUAAAAAAGUUGGUGGAGGAGAAACAGAGUUCCGUUAUCCUUCGUAUGUUCAGCACAUCAUGGGGGACAUUUUCUCAUUGGGCUUUGGGCCAUUUCGCUGGGUGUGCACAUCUGGUGAUCCUGAAGAUCUGGCCGUAACUGACAGCAUUGCUGCCACUGUUCUGGAGGAAAUUAGUGCCAGUGCAUCAGCUCGUAUAAAACAGCAGUACAAGGACAACAUCCGCUGGAUCAGAGAGGCUGGAAAACACAAAAUGGUUGUGGGAUCCCAAGCUAGAAUCCUCUACUCUGACCAGAAAGGAAGAGUCCGGAUUGCUUUAGCUAUCAACACAGCCAUCGCAGAAGGAAGAGUUUCGGCACCGGUGGUAAUUAGCAGAGACCAUCAUGAUGUCAGUGGAACAGACAGCCCCUUCAGAGAGACCUCCAAUGUCUAUGAUGGCUCUGCUUUUUGUGCUGAUAUGGCAGUCCAGAAUUUUGUUGGGGAUGCAUUUAGAGGUGCCACAUGGGUUGCUCUACACAAUGGUGGCGGUGUUGGCUGGGGGGAGGUUAUAAAUGGAGGAUUUGGUUUGCUGUUAGAUGGCUCAGAGGAGGCAGCAAAACGUGCCAGUCUGAUGCUCAACUGGGAUGUCUCCAACGGGGUAUCUCGUCGAUGCUGGUCUGGAAACUCGAACGCCUAUGAGACCAUCCAGCACACCAUGGAGGAGAACAGGCAACUGCGUGUCACCAUGCCGUUUCCUGUGCAGGAUGAGCGUGUACUGGAUCGGGCCCUGCAGGGCUAACACACACUUUAGCAUGAGUCAACCAACCAGCUAUUACUAUACAGCCACACACUGAAUUAGAUCAACAAUAAAUCACAGACAACUUGAUCAUUUGAAAACCUAUCUAGUGAUAAAAUGUUUUUCCAGAGUGAUAAAUAAAUCAGUGGUUAAAGUGUUGAAUAAACUGUCUGCUGUUGAGUUACAGAAUUAAAGAUAAGCCACAAUAUUACACUGGACUGUUUUAAAGGUGAUAUAUAAAUUUCUAAAAUAAAAAGAAUAAAAAACUUGGUUACUGUCUGCUAACUCCAUCUUGCAGCUGUUCUGCUGCCUGGUCUGCUUGAUGUACCAGCACAUGGAACAGAUUCCUACCUGCAGAACAAGCUCAGCUGCUAAUUUAUCCAGGAAAGAUUUAAUGAAGCCUGUAGACAGGGGAAAGAAAUGAAGAAGGGCUUAAGCAGUGUAUUUAGCAGUAACUAUUUUAAAGUUCUCUUUAAAGUAGAACAUUUGCCUGUAGCACCAUUUCAUAUGUAUUUUUGUUACUCUAAAUAAACCUGCAACCCUGUACAAAUGGUAAAAA